UUACGUGAGGGGAAAGGGAGGGGACGGCUGAGAGCGGCGCUCCCAUUGGCUGCGCGCCGCGCGGGGCCCGGUUUGAAUCGGCGGCGCCGGGCGUGAGGAAUGGCCAAGUACAAACGUCGACGGAAAGCCAGAGCCAGAGCGAAAUGUCGCCUGACAGGGAAAGGAGGUGCUGCCAAACCCCCCGGCUCGGGCUGUGCCGCGCCGCAGUCAGCAGGUGAUCUUCCACUGGACCCAUCCUCUGUCCCAAGCUAUCCAUCCUCACGCUGGUCAAUAGCCUUGCCCAGUGUAAAAAACAUGGUAAAACCUCUUACAACAACGGUGUCGUUUCUGUAUUGCUGGUGCCAGAACACUGUUGCACAGAGUUUUAAGGUGGUUAAAGAAACAAUAUUUCCAUCACAAAUCUACUUAAGGGAGCUAAACACAUUCAGAGAGCAGCUGGAAAACUUGGAAACUGAAUUUUCCAGACUACAGGGAAUGCUCCAGACGAAUGGAGUUGUGACUUCGUCUUCAGAAAAUUCUAUUUGUCAAAAGUGCAGUAAAACAAUGCUGGGUGCUCCUGUACAAACGCAGACGGGCCCGCUGUCAUCCAUGUGCACGCCUCCUGCAGUACAGCUGCAGCCUGUGUCUGCACCUCCUCCACCUCCUCCUCCACCACCACCACCACUGCCUCCACCAAAACUGCCUCCAGCACCUCUCCUCCUCAAACGGGGCAACGGCUCUAAAGCACUUCUGGAGCCACCACAAAAAAAGGAUGUGCCAAUGCAGAUCACUCUCAAAGAUCUCCUGAAUGUAAAACUUAAGAAGACGGAGAGCAACCUGAGAACGGACAAGGCAGGAUCACCAGUGAAGACACGCAGGGCAUUAAUUACAGUCUCAGAUUUACAAAGUAUUAGUCUGAGAUCUAAAUCCAAGCCAUCAGCUCACAUUACAAACUCCUUAACUAGUACCCCACCUAAAAAUCAGUUAGAUCUUCGAAAACAUCUUAAGAAGGUCAAUAUACAAAGAAGUCCGGGUGGCACUCCACUAAACAAUAAAGAAAACAUUGAGUGUGGGACCGGGUUGACACCAAUAAUGACACAGGCACUACGGCGCAAAUUUCAGAUGGCUCAUCCAAAAAGUCCUUCACCGGCCCGGUUGAGUGCUGCAAGCAGCUUUGAUGAACAGAAGUAGGUUUAUGGAAUAAUGUAUUUUUCGUUUGUGGUCAGGAAGCCACUUGAAUCCAAUUUUUAUGUUAUGCAGACAAUGAAUCUGUAAGUAAAUGCAGUACAUUUGAGAAGGGGGCAUUUUGAAAACACUCUAUCGGAAAUCUGCCUUUUUCAAAGGCAACAUAUUUCCAGCGUGUCUCAGACUGGUUCCAUCUUCUCUGAUAAUGAGAAAAAAAGAGUGAAAUUUCCUGAGAUUAUUGAGACCUGGCUGCUGCUGAAGCAGGGACUGUAACGUUCCUGGCAUUGAUUCUGCUUGUAAUAUAAAUGUGUGCUUGUUUAUUGAAAUUCAAUAUUGCUUUUACAUUUUUUUGUAACAAGGAUCUUGAUGGUAAUUAUGUAAAUUCACAGAAAAGCAAUUAAGCAGUGUUAUUAAAGUGAGAGCCUACAACUUCCCACAAAUUCAAUGACGUGAUUAAGAGUGUGCUUGUGAUAUGGGUCAUUUUGGGUCACUCCUAGAGUGGUGAGAUGAGUUCUCCACCAGUGGCAGACACGUGAGGUGCCAGUGCCACAGCUUCCCUCCGCCCAGGACAAGGACUUGCCUUCACCAGACCUUGAGGCUGCUUUCCAGAGAGCCACCACUUUGUGCAAGUCCAACGGCAUCCUGGUUUUGUCAGGAAUAGUGGGGCCAGCAGGGCCAGGAAGGUGACUGUCCCCUCGUACUCUGCUCUGGUGAGGCCGCACCUCGAGUGCUGUGUUCAGUUUUGGGCCCCUCAGUACAAGAAGGACAGCGAGACACUACAGCCAUGUCCAGAGAAGGGCUACGAAGCUGGUGAAGGGCCUGGACCCCAAGUCCUGUGAGGAGGGGCCAAGGGAACUGGGGCUGUUUGGUCUGGAGAAGAGG